CGCUAGAGAGGCUCGUCGGAGGAGGGGAAAACAGGGAGGAUCUGUAUCUUAUUCGCGGACGAAACACGGACAACAAACCGUAAGACAAUGCCUUCUAAUAAUUGAUUCUCGAAUGUUAUUGCCAAUCAUCGGUUUAUGUAACGGCUAAAUAAAAUUGCAGCGCGGUUUGAGCUCUCUGUGGAUCUCUCGAAGCCGUGAUGGGUGCAAGUGAAUCUCAAACAAAACUGAAAAUGCUUCAGCAGGAUCGGGCUGUGAACCCCGUCUUUGGAGGUCAAGCCCUGGUCGGACCGGUGCACAGCGGUCAGAAGAGAUGCGAGAAAGAUGGAAACUUUAACUUCCUGGGCCAGGAUGAUGACCCCAUGACGGGAGAUGAAAAUCGCAACCAGGUGCGUCCAAGAGCUUUGGGGCGUGAUCCGACUUUUUCUGCCAACCACUAUGGAUCUGGACCGCUCUCGCCCUUGUCCCGUCUGCCGUGCUGGAGCCCUCUGGAGCCUCUGCCCGAGAUUGAGAGUGGAGAUGAUAUGGGCGGCAGAGUGCCUCCGGAUGGAGCUGAGGAAGGCAAGGUGGAUGAAGAGAUGAGGAGAGUGACGGAUGAUGAAAAGGAGCAGGCACUGGGAGAGAGUGAGAAAGUAGAGGAACUACUGGAUGAUGACGAAGAGGAGGAUGGAGGGAUAGAGUGGGCUGACAGUGACGAAGAGUUUGAAUUCAGCUACAGGUCCGAAAGCUCUUCCCUGUUUAGCAUGGAGAGUGGCGACACAGGAGCACACAACUCCAUCUGGGACCAAAUCUGCCGCGAACGUCCGUCAGCAGACAAUGGGACCGCAGACGCCCUGAAGAACCAGAACCGUGCAGAUAAGAAGGCAGAGCGGCGGCGAGAGAGCCUGGAGGGCAUUGACGCAGUUGAAGACGGCUCGUCGGACUCGGACACCGACCCCUGUUCCGAGCUUCCGGACCUUAUGGAGGCUGUUUGGACGCUACAGGACCGGGAGAGGUUUAAGGCACAGGAGAUGGAGAAGCAUCAGGUCCAGCUGACCAUGUACCGCCGCCUGGCCCUCAUCCGCUGGGUUCGCACCUUACAAAACCGAGUCCAGGAGCAGCAGAACCGCCUCCAGUCCAGUUUCGACAUCAUUCUCACACACAGGAAAGAGCUUCUGCGCAUGGGCGCUGCCGCUGCCGCCCAAUAACAGAGACACGGAGAAAAGUCAUGAGACCAACUGAUGACUCUUAUCAUGUGAAAAGUGAUCUUUGCAUCUUUGUGCAUCUCGUUCUUUCCAAUCAAAUUUCCUCCUGGGUCUAUGAACUAUUUUGCCCUAAUGUUCCUCAUUAUCACUAUCAUAAAUGUGGUAAAAGUCCUCCGAAACAUCACCUUUAGCUGUGUCCGUAUGGUUCCUGAUGUCUCCUUCUCCAACUACUAUAUAUAUGUUUUUGUGUGCUAUAAAAUAAAUUAUAUUUAACAAUUAA